AUGUCCUUGAACACCCUCCCGGCUGAGCUUCUGGAUCAGAUCAUCUCCGAUCUCUCGUCUUUACCUCCUUCUCUGGCCAAGGUCCACCGAACCCCUUGUACGCGUCUCACCGCGUCCAGAAGUAGGGAUCUAAAGAGUCUCUCGCGCACCUCUUGGCGACUUCUGGAGCUAGUGAGGCCGCAGCUCUUUGCUCACGCAUGCUUCAAUAUCAAGGAUGUUGCGGGUUUUCUCUCGUUCAUCUCAAGGUUAAACCUUGGUCGCUAUGUAAUGUCCAUCGUGGCUAAGGGGAUGGAUUCCGCCGAUAAUCGAGAGGAUCCUUUCUGGUGGCGCCAGGUCCUCAAUUGUCUCGAUCCGCUGCGGAUCACUGUGAUUGCACCCCCUCCGUUCCUGGCUGCGAUGCUGGAGACGCCGAUUCUGGAAGAACACAGUUGGGCAUUCGAGGUGCCCUUCCAGAUUCUACAGUUAGAACAGGCAUCGCGCGUCUGUGAUCCUCCUUUAGCCUUAACCAAGCAAUCGGCCGGUCUGCUGGACGCUCGGGCAUGGUCCUCCUUGGACUUCAACGAGUCCUCCUCACUCAAAGCGUACCAUCACUAUGAGUAUUUCCUUUUUCAGAUCCCCUCCCUGUUCACUAUGUGGGGGACCGUGGCUGCCAGGCGGACAUUCUCAGAUACUAUACCUUUUCUCCGCUCGUUUAUGUCUUUGACGUCGCUCAGAUAUACGGCAGUAUUUCCAACCUAUAAUCAUGUCCAGCAAGUAUUGGAUGCCCUUGAAAUGAUGACGAACUUAAGGUCAUUCAGCAUUCAGCUUGCCCCUUCUCCAACUGAUAAGACCACGGAGCUGGAGCAAAGAGGCUCUAUGGACCCCAGCGAUCCGUGGAUGGAGAUCACUACAGGUUAUUCACUUGUUGCGCACGCUGUCAAAGACCUGGGGGACAGAGCCAGUCUCGUCGAGUUCCAUACGUCUGAUUAUGACUCGGAAGCUCUGCGCUCAGAAUUGUCCCCUGUCCUAGGCGAUGUAUUGAACAACAGUGGAUGGGUCCAUGAUGGACACUGCGCCUGGACCAAGACAUUGACAAAAGUAGCUGAGCCUGCUGUUCCAAUCCUAGCUCACACCUUGCUAUCUCAUGGUCCUUCAGCAGCCGAGAGUCCAGGACUUGAACAAAAUCAGUCACACACUGUGACGCGAGACUGGAACCUCUUAGAUGAUGUGAGAAAUGGCCUCCAGGAUAAUCCAGCGGGGGUAUUCAGAAGCGGUACUGUGAUUGGGUUCUCUCGGCUCAGAGACAUACAAAAGGAGGACUGCGAGGACGACGAGUACAUCGGCCAGCUCCCCCGACACCUCCUCACCACCCAUCUCCGCCACUGCCACUCAACAAACACCCCCACCAAAACAUACAUAAUCCACCCGAUCACCUUCAACGCCUUUGCCCCAAAACGCCUCCUCGCAUCUCUACUCAACGCCUCCCACCACCCCACCCUCUCCCGAGACGAGGCAAUCUCACAACUCGACUCCGUCGAAAUCUUCCCCGUCUACGACUUCCAAGCCGCCGCAGGCGCAAUCAACCUGAUCUCCGACUCCAUAGGCCCCACCCCAUCCCCAUCCCCAUCAUCACCAUCACAUCCAACCCUCAUCAUCAUCGCAGGCCUCGACACCCUCGCCGAGGGCGUCAUCCGGGCGUCCAACGCCGUCAGAGGAGCAGCAAUGCUCACAUCCGUAUUACGGACCUUGACACAGCUGACUCGAAUGCACCUUUCAAGAUUCUCAGUCAUGUUAGUGAAUACUAGUGGUUUGGGAACUCUGACGGCCCAGUCUACUACACCCGGAAGGUAUACCGGGUCGCUGGCGCAGAUUGCGCAAGGCGAUGGGAUUUAUUCUGCGUUUCGGGGACAUGGGGGUGAUGUAUCGUUGUUUCCGAGUCUGUUGAUGAGAACGUUGGAUCAGGGGGUUGAUACCCAUCUUUUGAUAUCGAGUGUGGGACGGGUUUCGGUCGUGGAGGUGAUUAAGAAUCGGGUGGGUGGGCAUGUUGGGAGGUGGUGUGUUUUGGAAGGGAUGCGGUGA